AGCUCUGAUGACGCUAUCGCGUGGUUGUGGGAGCUGUAAUCAAUCGCCGAGCUGAUCGAGCUCGGUGGCUAGGUGGUUGGCCGAGGCAGAAAGUUGAAGUGUCGGAAGGAAAAUGGGGGGCAAGAACAAACAAAGAACAAAGGGGAAUGUCCGGCCUUCAAGCAGCGGGAGAGCAGCGGAGCUCCUCGCCAAAGAAAGCGGGACGGUCCCUGGUUUCAUCGGGUUCGGCUCAUCGCAGGGAGAGCAUGGCUAUGUCCCUGCGAUCCAAGGCGCGGAAGAGAUCGACAGCCUUGUCGACGCCGACUUCCGGAUGGUGCUACGUAAACUGUCCAAGAGAGAUGUCACCACGAAACUAAAAGCCAUGCAAGAGUUUGGUACAAUGUGUAGGGAAAGAGAAAUGGAAACUGUGCGGGGUGUUCUGCCGUAUUGGCCCAGGAUCUACUGCAAGAUCUCCCUGGAUCUUGACCGCAGGGUGCGAGAAGCGACGCAGCAAUCCUUUGAGCAGCUGAUCUUGAAAGUGAAGAAAUAUCUGGCUCCUCACCUGAAAAAUGUGAUGGGUUUCUGGCUUCUUGCUCAAUGUGACACGUAUUCGCCGGCCGCUAGCGCUGCCAGAGUGGCGUUCGAAGCUGCUUUCCCUUCUCACAAACAGCCGGAAGCUUUGGCGUUUUGCAAAGAUGAGAUUCUGAAUGUUUUACUUGAUCACCUGCUGAAGGAAUCGGCGGACACCUUGAGCGAUCCCCAGACUGUUCCAGCUGAAGAAAGGGAAUCCAAGUACUUCCGGGUCCUGACCUGUUCACUCUUGGCUUUGAAGAGACUAGUGUGUACGCUGCCAGACGGGGAGAAGAGUUCCCUGUGCGAGAGGAUUGCGUUUCUUCUGUCACAAAACAAAUUCUGGAAGUACAGCAAACAUAAAACACCUAAUGUUCGCUCAGCCUUCUUUGAAUUGCUGUCUUCCCUGUGCCAGCAUCUACCCGCUGUAAUAAAAUCGGAAGCGUCCCGUGUGUGUCCUGCAGUCCUCCUCAGCAUUGAUGACAGUGAUGCCGUUGUGUGUCCUGCUCUUUGGGAAGCUGUCCUUUAUACCAUAACAACUAUCGAGGAUUGUUGGGAUCAUGUGAAUGCGAAGAAAGGAGUUUUGCCAAAGCUGUGGGCUGUCCUCAGAGAAGGAGGUCGAGGGCUGGCGACUGUAAUAUUCCCCAAUCUACUACCGUUUAUUAGCAAAGUCCCACAAGGAAUCGCAGACCCUCGCGUGGAGUUCUACAGCAUUUUUUUUGACUCUCUGGUUCAAGGCUUUUCCAGUGAGCGUGCCGUCGUAAGCCCUACCGAAUGCUCUGCCAUUGUGACCGCGUACAUGGAGUGCCUGCGGUUUGCCAUGCAGGAAAAUGUGGGAGAAGCGGAGGAACAGGGAAAAAUCCGCCAGAUGCUCAUCACUGACCAACUAAUUCCACUUAUUGAUGCUUCGUUAAAAGACCCCAAGCUUCAGAACAGUCCGUUUUUUGCCCAAGUGGAAGAAACGGUAUAUUCCUGGGAGACAAAAACAGAGAAUAAAAGUCUCGGAGAGAACGUUUGUCGGAUACACGCCUCCAUAUUGUCUGGAUUUUGGGAGAGUCUGUCUCACGCGUGCGUGGCUAAUGUUGAUGUGAUUGAGGCUGGAGAAAAGGAUCUUGCUGGUGUUUCUGGACUUCUGCAUAUUCUUCGAAUGCCAAGCAACUCAAUAAAGACAAAUAAAAAGAAAAAAGCCAAGAUCCGGUUUGCGGAUGAAGACGACAGCGCUAGAGACGAUGUUAAACCGUCUCCCGAGGAUAGUGAAGCUGUAUCCAAAGUGCUGCAUGAGUCCAGUAUCACAAAGGAAAGAGAGCCGACCACCAGCAGCUUGAGGCAAGAAAGCCUUGAGGAAUUGGUGUGCAAGUUGGCCGAGCUCAGCCUGGUGUAUAUUUCCGAGCAGAGAUCAAGACGCCACUUGAAGUUCCUUGCUGCUCUGCUCAGGACGUUCCCCUCUGUCAGGGUCUUCCAUGUCCUUUUGGAACAAAGCAGCGGUGGAGACCCCUCAUGUGCAAAAUAUCUAGAGAUGGGAAUCGAGCCCCAAAGCGAUAACCCGGCAGUGCAAUUCCUGUAUCAGACACUAACCGAUUGGUUUAAGGAAGGAAGCAACGAAGACGCUGAAUUCUUGGUGGAUAUUUUAUACAGUGUCCUGUACUGCUGCGCUGACCCAGUGGACAGAAAAACUAUCCUGGAUGACAUGACAAAGAUGGAGUUCAACUGGAGUGUUUUUCUUCACAUCAUUCAAAAGGCGUGCUCUGAUUCCGUUAAACAUUCCCUGGUUUGUGAUUGGUUGAAGGGUGACGUUCUAGGUGACAAGCUGAUCUCUCUGGCGAAUGAUCUUUGUACCAGCGGCCUGAUGGACAAAGCUUCACAAUCUGAGUCAUACUGUUCAGAUAAGUGGUCUCUAUUGAGCUUGGUGUUGUCAGAACACGUUAAAAAUGAGUCUUUGAUCGGCAAGGCUUACGUGGAAAGGAUCAUUGAUGAGCUCCACUGUGCUCUGACUAAAGCCAGGGACCUCUCUGAAGCCGGAGGCAUCGAACAAUCUGUUUCGUUCAUAUGUGAUGUUGCCUCCAACUUUUUCAGUUCUGUGAAGGGCUGUUUGCAGAUGCCUUCAGCAGAAGAUCUGCUCCUGACCAUUUUCCAGCUUUGUGCUCAGGCACCAGAAACCACCCGCUUGUCAGAGUCCCUGAUGGUUAAAUUGCAACACACUUGGCCGGCUGGUAUAAAAUCACUCAUCUGCCACUUGAACAGCAGACGCCAAGAAAGCACAUUCUUGAGUAGGUCUGCGCAGUGGAUCAAGAAUCAGAUCCAGGCAUCACAGCUCAAUGUUCAGAGCCUCCAGUCUUUAAUAACUGCUGUGGAUCAUCUACACGACAAGAUAUUGGAAUCUAGCCCGUCUGCUGUUCACCUUCUAGCUGAGCAUAUGACCUUAAUGACACCAGAUGACGAGGAAUGGCUCAAGAUGCGCCAACACAUCUCUAUGCAGUGGUUGAGCAAGCCACUCUUGGAAGGACGGCUAAGCAUGAAUUCGGAAACAUCUGGGAUAGAUCUUAAACCGUUGCCUAAAAAUUGGCUUCCAAACCAUCUCUGUACUGCCUCCCUUUUGAGCAAAAUGGCUUUUCGAACACUGGAGAACAAUUUACUUUUUAAAGACCAGGACAUUGCACCAAAAGUAAACAUUAUUGUUGCAGAAAUGCUCUAUUCUCUGCAGUGGUGCGAGGAGCUGGAGAGAUCGCCCCCCAUCAUUACCGAAUGCUGCCAAAUGCUUCACUCGAUGGACGUAUCCCACGAAAAAAUAAAAGACUUUAGCGCCCAUUCUCCGAAACUUCUCCAGUUAGUUUUUGAAAGGUCGAAGGAAAGUGGUGCGAUUUGGUCUUUGGUUGCUAACAAAUUAAUUUGUCUGAAGAAUGCUGGACACGAUGAGCUUCAGCUACUGAUCAAAAACACGGAAGAUUAUUUCCCGGUGACACAAGGAAACCUGCACACCAUCCAGAGCUUGUCUCCGUUCUUGCGCAAGGAGGAAAAGGAAGAGCUCGUGGCGCAUUGCACCGCCAGGCUCAUGACCGGCCCGCCGACAGCUGUGUCCUGUAUAGAUGGUGGAUUUGGAUGCCUCGCAAUGAUCAAUUCCUGCCUGGACUCAGAAAGCAUUCCUUCCCCCGAAAUACUCCUCGGCGUAUUAAAAGUCAUUUUAUCUUGGAAGAAUGAUCUUGAGGAUAGCUUUUUGUUUAGCUGUAAUUUACAGGAUGCCAGCUCACAACUUAUAGGUCUCAAUGUAGAAAUCAUCAGGUUCCUUUCUCUACUUCUGGCGCACUUACCAUUGGCUUUGAGCGACACCGAGUGGGACUUCUUAAUGUGUUCCAUGCUGGCCUGGCUAGAGACGGCUUGUGAAAGCGUGGCCCUGAACCAUACCCCGCUUGUUCGCCUGUUUGCCUGUACAAGCUGCAACCUGGCAUCGGAUCUUUCCAGCUACUUCCAAACUGUCGCUUCCACCAAACCAGACAACGUGCCAGCGACCCUUAUCUCGGAAUGGGACGAGUUCUUUUCGGAGGGGAUCCACAGCCUACUCUUACCCAUGCUGGUGAAAAUAACAGGGGAGUGCAAGGCGUCCGACGCGCCACAUCUGCAGCCCGUGCUGAACUCGUUGGGUGAAGCUCUCUGUUACAUUUCAAAGGGCCAGCUGCUGAACCACAAACUUCCAGCCAAGUUCGUCGCUGGACAGAAGACGAACCUCUCUGACAGCAUGCAAAGCCUGCUAAACACGCUGGCCCCGCUCCUGCUGUAUAGAGCGAGAUCCGUCCAGAUCGCCGUUCACCAUAUGCUGGAUAAAAUAAUGGCUGACCUGCCUGCGUUUGAUGAUGAAGAUCUGAAAUCCUACGGCGAUGAAGAUGAAGAGCCUUCCUUGUCUCCUCCUGCUGCUCUCAUGUCUGUUUUGGCCGUUCUGGAAGAUUUAGUGGAAAGUAUUCUUCAAGACAUCCCCGUAGGUGAAUUUGUCAUAAUCGAGCCUUCGAAGGAUGAAUUCUGUUUUGUUCUCGGUUACCUUCUCACUUGGAAAUUAAUACUCACUUUCUUCAAGGCUUCGUCAUCACAACUACGCGCCCUGUACUCUCAGUACCUCCGGAAAACAAAGAACUUAAACAAACUGCUCUACAACCUGUUCAAGCUGAUGCCUCACACCCCGGUGCUUCCCGGGCAGGCGUCUGACGCCCCCAAUAAAGACUUGAAGACCUUCUUCACCGAAGACCUGUGCUUAACAGUGAAGGGGUCUACAAACUUACAGUAUGAGAUCCUGCACCUGGCUUGCUGUGUUUAUCGCAUGACCCUGAAGGACUUGCCGGCCAUGGUCAGGCUUUGGUGGAACGGCUGUGAAAAGAGGAUUUUCGGUGUCGUUGACAAAUUCACCACCAGAUAUGUCAGCGGGGUGCUGUCCACUCAGGAGAUCAUGUCUGUCCAGUCCAGCACACAAGUCUUUGAUGGCAUGACCGUGAAAGCUCGCCCUGCAACUCGGGAGGUGGUAGCAAAUUAUUCUAUUGAUGACAUUUGCAUAGAACUCAUCAUACAACUUCCACAAAAUUACCCCCUGGGAUCCAUCGUUGUGGAGAGCGGCCGGCGAGUCGGGGUGGCUGUACAGCAAUGGCGCAAUUGGAUGUUACAGCUCAAUACUUACCUCACACAUCAAAAUGGAAGUAUAAUGGAGGGCCUUGCCCUGUGGAAGAACAACGUGGACAAACGCUUUGAAGGUGUUGAAGACUGUAUGAUUUGCUUCUCAGUAAUUCAUGGUUCCAAUUACUCUCUACCAAAGAAAGCGUGCAGGACCUGUAAGAAGAAAUUCCACUCCGAGUGCCUGUACAAGUGGUUCACAUCGAGCAACAAGUCCACGUGCCCUCUUUGCAGAGAGACCUUUUUUUAAAAUAAACCACUUAAACUGGUUUCAAACAA